AUGCCGAGAGCUGUCUCUACAUUGACCGGCUUAAUAGUCGUUGGUGCCAUCGCAUACAAGUAUAGAGAUAAUGUAGCUACUGAGACUGCUGAUAUUCGCGGUCGAUUGCAAAAUGUAAAGUCUACUCUGGAUGACAUGGCUGCUGGCACGGUUCAUAAAGCCAUUGAUAACCCAAACAUCUCGCUUGCCGGGUCCUAUAUCGACCCUUACCCUAAAGUGGCAGAAGCCCAUAGUUAUGUCACCCAACGAUUUGUACCAUCAGUCAAGGGCACGUGGAACGACCAUGUUAGUGCCGCAGCGUCCAACUUGAUCAAUUCGGACCUCCCUGGUAAAGCUAGAAAGGUGUUCGUUGAAAAAGUUUUGGGAGAAUCCGAUAAAUAG